UGACACAGAGCAAGGAGGAAAUAGCGAGCUGUGUUUUUUUUUUUAUACAAGCUAUCAUCAAGUAGUUAGCUGUCGUCUGCGGGUUUCUUUUUGCUUAUAAACGCUUCAGCGGAUAAUUAAUUGACAAACGGUAACAUCACAGCGGUUGUCCUGGUUUUGCUCGUACCGGGUGGCACCCCCCUCCACCCCUAAAAAAAACCCGACGUUACAUUCGCCUUUUUUUUUUUUUUUUUUCUUUCUGGUCUUCUUCGUAAAGAGCAUUUUAAAGUUGGGUUAGCGUUAGCUGAAUUAACGCUACGUGGUGGUGCUUUUAAUGCUAAGCUACGUAGCCAGCUGAAGCAGAAACACGGUAAACAAACCGUGUCGCGACUCUUUGGAGGUGGUUCAAGAUGCUGGUUGAGUAAGGUUGACGGGGGGAUUGUUAAUCCAGGCCACCGUUGUCAGCUAACGUUAGCUACCUGCCUGAAAACACUGGGCUUAAUGGAUAAAGCCAUGGCAGAUGAAAAUACACAGUCAUGUGGCAAUUGCAAACAUGAAAUUCCUGAGUCUAAUUUUACUACCCAUGAGAUCCACUGUCGAAGAAACAUCGCACUGUGUGAUGUGUGCCAGGAGCCAGUGCCCAGGUCAGAUCUCCAGGAGCACAAACAGCAGGAGCAUACACAGAUUACAUGCAAAUGUGGUUUGAAGAUUGAGAAGAAUCAUGUUGAUGUUCACCAGAGCUCCGAAUGCUCUCAGCGGCUGGUCCCCUGCCAAUACUGUGAACUGGAGAUUGUUUACAGCCAGUCCAAAGAACAUGAAGAUUAUUGCGGUACACGCACUGAGCCCUGCUCACGCUGUAAAUGCAAUGUAAUGUUGAGGGAACAAGCUGUGCAUCCAGUCUUAUGUGGAAGCCUUACACCGCCCCAAGAGAGGAACAACAGCCGAACAAGUCGCAGUCCAGUAGACCAGCAGUCUCCAGGACCUUGGUUUGAAGCCCACUCCAUCCGAAACCUCCUAAGAGCCCAAGAGAGAGGCCCAAAGAAUAAUAACAUCAGUGCGGCAGAACAACAGGCCUUUCCCCGGCCAUUUGAUCCCAGAGUUUAUAACACUUCAAGGGGAACACAAGACUCAGCAGACUGGAAGAAUACCGCCCCAAGAAAUACAACAUUUAGCCACUUGUUGGGGCAGGGGGAUUUUCUGUCUAGCAGCGGCAGUAGUGCAUGGCCACAUAGUGAGCUCACACUGGAUGAGGAUUCAUCAGGCCUGGACUACAUGUUGGCGCUCAGUCUGCAGAGUGAUGGAGAAUCAGUGGCUGGAGGCGUAGAGGGCAACCUGUGGAGCGGUAUCUGGGACCACAAGAUUGGGAAGACGCCCAACACUUCCCUAAACUCUCCAUUCCCUCAGCCCAAUAACAACUAUCCAAACUUCACUUCAGGCACAAGCACGAGUGCAGUUCAGGACCUUGAUCAAACAGAUACCAUGCUGCCUUGUGAGUUUUGUGAAGAGCUGUUUCCUGAAGAGGACCUCAUUUUGCAUCAGACUGGGUGCAGCCCCGCCUCUGCCUUUGCAUCUUUCAGCAAGCAGCCCGUGUCUCCACCUAGAGAGGACAGGAUGAGCAGAAAUGCUUCUGGGCUGAUGCACAGCGUCCCUGACACACUCGCUUCAAACAUCCCCACUUUCCCUCGGUCAGUCUCCCCGGCCUCUUACAGUCCUCCAGCCAGUCCACUAGAGGGCGAUGUGGUCAUUCCAUGUGAAUUCUGUGGCGUUGCUCUAGAAGAGGCUGUUGUCUUUCACCAUCAGGACAAGUGUGACAUGCGUCCUCAGACUGCCCACCCACUGAACAAUCUAACAAAAUCAUCUGUCAAAAAACCACUGAGCCCUGCUAAACACACCUUUGACGAGACGUCUCCAGAUUUCCAAAGGAGAUUAAAGCAGCAAGCUGACUUCUUGGAGGACUUUGGAUUUGACAGAGACAUGCCACCAGGACAAAACGCAAGGGAUUGGCAGAGAGGCUACAUUGGACUACCAAGUCAAAGGAAGACGUCAAACUGUGACGUUCCUGUAAAAGACCGACCUCAGCACGGCAGAGAAGCAGAAGGAGCUCAGUCAUCUUUCAGUGACACUGAGAAACUGCAUCUACCAGAAAAUCAAGAAGGGAGAGAACGAGGGAACAUAAGGAAUCCAAUGACAAAGUUGCCCAAGAAGCAGAAUGAAGAGCAGCAGGAAGAGUGAGAGCAGGAACAUCUGGAGAAAUAGAAAAACCAAAUCUCCUUCUCUGCUUUUCAUUUAUCUUUUUGCACACUUUUGACAAAUGAAACAUAUACCUAUCUGAUAAGUGCCUGUGUGAGUAUUAGUAUCUUGCAGUUUAUAUUUUGAUGAAUUUUACUAUUAAAGUCUAAGCAAGUCAUUCAGUUUAUUCAUGCAUAUUCUGCUUUAUUCGUUUCAAAUGUUUGUGUGUCUAACAUCUAACCUUAACAGAUAAAUUAUAAAAUGGAUUUUAUUUACGCUAAUUUGAUUUGAAGUUCUUUUUUUAACUGUACGAAUCGUGUCAUGGCUUAUUAAGGACACUGAGAACAUCAAACGCAGACACAUGACUUUGUCAGUGUGCAUUUGUGUAACUUAAUCUUUACCUUGUUACUUCGGCCAAGGACAUUUUGUUUUCACCCGUGUUUGUUUCUUUCAGGAUCUUUCUCAGUGUUCCUGUUGGUUUCUGCAUCUUUAUGUAACCUAAAGCACUUUGCUAGAUUAUUUUGUUUAAAAAGGGCUUGAGGAACCGAUUUGAUAAACUUAUGCAUCUUUGACCAAGAUAAAAAAAAAAAACAACAACUGUAUUAUUGAACAUUUGUCUUUUUAUACUGUUCAACAUUUGUCUUUAAUACUCUUCAGUAGUAUUUUGAUUUUUUUUUUUUUUUAAUCACAACUAUAGAACUAUAUAUGUGGUGUUAUGAUGAGAAGGCUUUUGAAGCCAUGUCUCCUGUUCAAUCUUCUGUUAAAGUAGUGUGUAAAAUGUCGUGUGCUGCUCCUCCAAAUAGGAUUUAAGAUAGACGAGAUGUAUUUUGUGUGUAACAUAGGGUCCACUUUAGAAAUACAUAUAAAAUAGGCAACCUUGUGCCACAGACAGUCGAGAGAGCAUUUUCCUGAUUUAACAUCCGAUCAACAAGCUCAGCUAGUGAUUGUGGGUGGACUCACAGCACAUGGCUGAUUAUUCCUGUUAAAGAACAACUGUCUGGAUGCUCUUUGUCUUGUGUGGCUAUUAAAUGUUUAAUGAAGACA